GUCCCUCUCCCCUCCCCCCUGCCCCCGCUGCCGGCCGCGGCCCCAAAUCCGCCGUGGCGCGGUAAUCUUCCCUGAGCUCCCCGAUCCCGUUGCGGGGAGUCGGGUCUGGGGCGGGGGAGCCCGUCCGGAGCAGCGCCCCCCGGUGUCCCCUCGCCCAGAUGGAGCGGGUGGUCCUGAGCAUGCAGGACCCAGACCAGGGCGUGAGGACGCGGAGCCAGCGCCUGUUCAUCACCGUCAUCCCGCACACCGCGGCAGGCGGCGACGUCGUGGCGUGGCUGAUCCGGAAGUACGGCAUCUCAGACGAGGAGGCCCUGCACCUGGGCACUCUCCUAGUGCAGCACGGAUAUCUGUACUCUCUGCGGGAGCCCCGCAGCCUCCUGCUCCGGCCGGAUGACACGCCCUACAGAUUUCAGACGCCCUAUUUCUGGACAAGUACCGUGUGGCCAGCUGCGGAGCUGGACUACGCCAUCUACCUGACAAAGAAGAACAUCCGAAAGCAGGGGGCCCUGGUCGGGCACGAGAAGGAGCACUAUGACCAGCUGCACAGGAAGAUCAGCCACACCUGGGACCUGGUGGUGAUGCAGGCUCGGGAGCAGCUGCGGGCAGCUAAGCAGCGCAGGAAGGGGGACAGGCUGGUCAUUGCGUGCCAGGAGCAGACGUACUGGCUGGUGAACAGGCCCCCGGCCGCACCCCUCCACCCCUGCAUACGUGUCUCCCCACCCCAUGCGGGGGCUGCCCAACCAUCCGUCCCAACGGUGCCUGACCCUGACACCCAGAGGCCCUGCUCUGCUCCUGGCAUCAUGCGCCCCUGCCUGCACCCCCGCUUCCAGGUCUCUGCUAACCCUCACCUCUUGUCUCCCCAACCUGCUACGACCAAGAGCACAGAGUUCUACAAGCAGGAGAUGGAGCGCUGCAGGAAGGCCCUGACCAGGGCACGGGUGAAGUCGUCUGUCUGCCUGGAGGCGUACCUGAAGUUCAGCGGCCAGCGUGGGCCACAUGACCCCAUGAUGUCGGGCUGCCUGCCCAGCAACCCCUGGGUCAGCGACGAGGACGCCUACUGGACCAUCAACGCGCCCAGUGUGGCCGUGCCCACGAAGCUCCGUGUGGAGCGAUGGGCUUUCAGCUUCCAGGAGCUCUUGGAAGAUCCCGUGGGAAGGGCCCAUUUCAUGGACUUCCUCGGGACUGAGUUCAGUGCUGAGAACCUCAGCUUCUGGGAGGCAUGCGAGGAGCUGCGCCACGGAGGGCAGGCCCAGGUCCACGCCACCGUGGAUGCCAUAUACCAGCAGUUCCUGGCCCCCGGUGCUGCCCGCUGGGUCAACAUCGACAGCCGGACGAUGGAGCGGACCCUGGAGGGCCUGCGGCAGCCCCACCGCUACGUGCUGGACGAGGCCCAGCUGCACAUCUACAUGCUGAUGAAGAAGGACUCCUACCCGAGGUUCCUGAAGUCCGCCGCCUACAGAGACCUGCUGGCAGAAGCCGUGGUUCCCCCAGAGGCCAAGAGACGGGUGUUCCCGUUUAUGCGUAAGCCGCUGCAUGCAAGCCCCAGCCCUGCUCUCCUUCCUGCCUCCCCCUCUGGGGAGCCUGUGGCUGCGACCAGUGGCCCUGAGUGUGGUGACGGUGGCACCUAGGUGGGCAGAUAGCAGGAGAGGGAAGUGGCCAUCCUCACCGCUGGCCUGGGGUCCUGGUAGCUCUUGAGACCCUUGGCAUGGGCGUCCCCUAGUGCCCAGAGGGCCUGGUCUUCUCCCAUGUCUGUGGGGCUCUUGGGCUCUCACCUUUUCUCUUGUUAAGCCUUCCCCUCCCCAGAAGGGGCUGGUCCAGGGGCUGAUUCCUGGGAAAAGGUGUCCCUGAGCUUGGGUCACCUGGACAAGGGGAGGAUAAGGGGGCCAAGCGGGGCCGGCUGCAUGAAGCCCCUGGCAUUCUGUGGUCUGCUGGCGGGACCCUGCGGGGACCCCACGGCACGCCCCAGUUCCGCUGGGGCCGUCUCCGCCUUGCAGCCCGCCCUCACGGGUCUUGCCCACACCGUGGCCAUCAUUGUGCAUGUCCCAGACCUCCUCCCACAGGGACACCUCCAGUGUGUGUCCUCGAGGCUGGGGCUCCGCUGGAGCCUCACGUGUGAGGCAGAGCUGAGUCCAGGGCCUCACCUGGGACAGCCAGUCCUGUUCACGGACAGGACAGGACUGCGCCAGGGCAGGUGGACUCCUUGGGGAAGAGGGGUGUGCCAGACCCGGGGGAGGUGUAGCUGGUCUCUUGGGGUGCGGCUCUCGUCAGGCUGGGGAGGCACCCGUGCCACUCCCACCCACACCCGACCCAGAAAUAAAAGACCCUUGGCCCUCA